AUGGCUGAGGAUAUCGCAAUUGACAGUAACACAUUUUUCAGUCGCCUGUCCAGCUUGUAUGCAUCAUGGAAGGCUGACAAGCGUUCGGGAAAUGCCCUCUUCGGCAAUGCAGGUUCUAUGGUCAUUCUCAUGGGCAAGACCGAUGAAGAGAACUCAUUCCAGAAGAACAAUGCGAUGCAUUUCUGGCUUCUCGGAUACGAAUUCCCAGCCACUCUUUUUGUCCUCACAACCGAAGCAAUCUACGUGGUCACUACAGCCAAGAAGGCGAAGCAUUUGGAACCCCUCAAGAACGGCAAGAUCCCAGUUGAGCUCUUGGUAACCACAAAAGAUCCGGAGACAAAGGUCAAGGCAUUUGAGAAGUGCUCAGAAGUCAUCAAAGCUGCAGGAGGUAAAGUUGGCACAUUCCCUAAAGACACAGCGUCAGGUCCCUUCGCGGAUGAAUGGAAGCGGGCCUUCGCGGAUAUCUCGAAAGAGGUUGAGGAAGUCGACAUCACACCCGCACUUUCCGCCGCCUUCGCCAUUAAGGAUUCUGAUGAAUUGGUAUCUAUCCGCAAUGCAUCCCGAGCAUGCAGUGGCCUGAUGUCCGAAUACUUUGUAGACGAGAUGUCACGUUUGCUCGACGAAGAGCAGAAGAUGACCCACAAGGCACUUGCCGCAAAGGUCGAUGCAAAGAUUGACGACGCAAAGUUCUUCAACAAGCUGGCGCGACUGCCGUCAGAGUUUGAUGCCCAGCAGAUCGACUGGGCUUAUGGACCUGUGAUCCAAAGCGGAGGCACAUACGACCUCAAGCUCACGGCUAAAUCGGAUGGCAAGGCCCUCGAGCCCGGUAUCAUUUUGUCCAGCUUCGGAAUUCGAUACAAGACUUAUAGCUCCCUCAUUGGGCGUACUUAUCUCGUUGACCCCACCAAGGCACAGGAAGCAAACUAUGCUCUUCUGUUGAGCCUCCACGAAGCGACCAUGAAAGAAAUUCGAGACGGUGUGGUGGCCAAGGACGUCUACAACAAAGCGUUGACCCUUGUUCGCGCCAAAAAACCCGAACUUGAGGCACAUUUCGUGAAAAAUGUUGGCGCAGGCAUUGGAAUUGAGCUCCGAGAUGCCAACAUGGUGCUCAAUGCCAAAAACAACCGCGUGCUGAAGAACGGCAUGACAUUCUCUAUCACAAUCGGACUGACUGAUGUGAAGGAUGCAGAUCCCAAGAGUGCCAAGAACGGUGCCUAUUCUAUGGUCAUUACUGACACUGUCCGUGUGGGAGAUAAUGGACCUCAUAUCUUCACCAAGGAUGCAGGCAUUGACAUGGAUUCUAUUUCGUUCUACUUUGGCGACGAAGAAGAGCCCGAAAAGCCUGCCAAGGAGAAGAAAGAGACCAAGCCCAUCGCUCUUGCGAACAGAAAUGUCACACGAACUAAGCUUCGCGCCGAGCGACCCACGCAGGUCAAUGAAGGCGCCGAGGCCCGCCGUCGCGAACACCAGAAAGAGCUUGCCUCGAAGAAGACAAAGGAGGGCUUGGAUCGUUUUACCGGUACUACAGGAGACGAGAACGGAGUUGCACAGAAGAAAUUCAAGCGCUUUGAAUCUUACAAGCGUGACAACCAGCUUCCGGCUAAGGUUAAAGACCUUGUGGUUUACGUUGACCUCAAGACUUCAACUGUCAUUGUGCCCAUCAUGGGUCGACCGGUUCCUUUCCACAUCAACACCAUCAAGAAUGCCAGCAAGAGCGACGAAGGAGAGUAUGCAUACCUCCGCAUCAACUUCUUGUCUCCGGGUCAAGGUGUUGGCAGGAAGGAUGACCAGCCAUUCGAAGAUCUGUCCGCUCAUUUCGUCCGCAACCUUACUCUACGAUCCAAGGACAAUGAUCGACUGGCGCGAGUUGCGCAGGAUAUCACUGAACUGCGCAAGACUGCUCUGAGGCGAGAACAGGAGAAGAAGGAGAUGGAGGAUGUCGUGGAGCAGGAUAAGUUGGUCGAGAUUAGAAACAGACGUCCAGUGAAGCUUCCCGACGUCUAUCUCCGACCUCCCUUGGACGGAAAGCGUGUACCUGGAGAGGUUGAGAUCCACCAAAAUGGUCUUCGUUACCUAUCCCCCUUCCGCAAUGAGCACGUCGAUGUGCUUUUCAGCAAUGUCAAGCAUCUCUUCUUCCAACCAUGUGCCCAUGAGUUGAUCGUGCUCAUCCAUGUGCACCUCAAGACACCUAUCAUGAUUGGCAAAAGGAAGACCAAGGACAUCCAGUUCUACCGUGAAGCGACAGAAAUGCAGUUCGAUGAAACAGGGAACCGCCGACGCAAGCACCGCUACGGAGACGAGGAAGAGUUUGAGGCUGAGCAGGAGGAAAGACGCCGCAGAGCCGCGUUGGAUCGAGAGUUCAAGGCUUUUGCCGAGAAGAUCGCAGAUGCUGGCAAGGAUGAAGGCGUCGAUGUCGAUAUUCCCUUCCGGGAGAUUGGCUUCACUGGUGUUCCCAACCGGUCUAAUGUUCUGAUCCAACCGACCACGGAUGCUCUGGUUCAACUGACCGAGCCUCCGUUCACGACCGUUACGUUGAAUGAAAUUGAAAUUGCGCAUCUGGAGAGAGUUCAGUUUGGCCUCAAAAACUUUGAUCUGGUGUUUGUCUUCAAGGACUUCCGACGGGCCCCCGUUCACAUCAACACAAUCCCCGUCGAGGCCCUGGAGGGUGUGAAGGACUGGCUUGAUUCGGUUGACAUUGCUUUCACCGAGGGUCCCCUCAACUUGAACUGGACCACGAUUAUGAAAACGGUUGUGAGCGACCCUUAUGGGUUCUUCGCCGAUGGUGGUUGGUCCUUCUUGUCUGCCGAAUCAGACUCAGAAGGCUCGGAUGAGGAAGAAGAAUCCGCAUUCGAGUUGUCCGAUGAAGAGCUUGCCGCAGGCGAUGAGAGCUCGGAAGAAGACAGCGAGUUUGACGAUGAUGCCAGCGCUGACGCCAGUGAGGAGGAAUUCAGCGGCGACGAGGAAAGUGGCGAGGACUGGGACGAACUUGAAGAAAAGGCCAAACGCAAGGAUAAAGAAACCAACGACGACAGCGAUCGUGGCACCAAGCGCAAGCGCUAG